AUGUCAGACCUAUACUUUGGAUUCGAUUUAUCAACACAACAAUUGAAACUACUCGUUACAGAUUCAAACCUAUCACUUCAUUCAACUUACAAGAUUGAAUUUGCCAAAGACUUACCUCAUUACAAGACUCACAAAGGUGUUUAUACAAACGAUGCUACAGGUGAAAUCUAUGCCCCAGUCAAGAUGUGGAUUGAAGCUUGGGAUGCAAUCUUGAAACAGAUGGCUGAUGACAAGUUCCCAUUUGAUAGAGUUAUUGGUAUGUCAGGCUCUGGCCAACAACAUGGUUCAGUUUAUUGGUCUAAAGAAGCUGAGCAAAUUUUGGCAAAUUUGGAUCCGAAUUCAUCAUUAAUGGAUCAAAUUUCUCCAAAUGCAUUUACUUUGCAAACUUCACCAAAUUGGCAAGAUCAUAGUACAGGUGAAGAGAUUCAAAUUUUUGAGAAAUAUGUUGGUGGUGCUGAAAAUCUGGCUAAAAUUUCAGGUUCAAGAGCUCAUUAUAGAUUCACAGGUCCUCAAAUUAGGAAAAUUGUUAAAGAACAUAAAGAUAUUUAUCAUAAAACUUUUAGAAUCAGUCUUGUUUCAAGUUUUUUAGCAAGUUUGUUAGUUGGUAAGAUAACUGGAAUUGAAGAAGCUGAUGGUUGUGGUAUGAACCUAUAUGACAUUGAAAAGAAACAAUGGGAUGACGAAUUAUUAGCAAUUUGUACAAUGACUCAUGAGAAUGAUGGAUUUACAAACGAAACAGAAAGAUUAAAAGCAAUUGAGGAAUUGAAAUCCAAGAUUGGUGAUGUUGUUAAAGUUGGCCAUGAAUCAAUUGGUUCUAUUUCAUCAUAUUAUGUUGAGAAAUACGGGUUCAAUCCAAAAUGUCAGCUAUUUUCCUUUACUGGUGAUAAUUUAGCAACAAUUUUAGCACUACCAUUAAAUCAAGAUGAAAUCUUGGUGUCGUUGGGUACAAGUACAACUGUCCUACUAGUCACAAAAGCUUACAUUCCAUCUUCAAAUUAUCAUUUAUUUAUUCAUCCAACAAUCCCAGAUGCUUAUAUGGGUAUGAUUUGUUAUUGCAAUGGAUCGUUGGCCCGUGAAAAGGUUCGUGAUGAAUUAAACACUAAAUUUGGUAAACCUAAAAAUGAUUGGUCCUUGUUUAAUGAACUAUUAGAUAAAUCUGCUGAUUUUGAUAAGAAAUUGGGUAUUUAUUUCCCUCUUGGUGAAAUUGUUCCAAAUGCUAAAGCUCAAACUAUUAGAGCCAAAAUUAACGAUUCCACUGGGAAAAUUGAAAUCAUUGAUAAAUGGGAUGUGGAAAUCGAUGUUUCUUCAAUUGUGGAGAGUCAAGCCUUAAGUUGUAGGGCAAGAUCAAGCCCAAUGUUGAGUGUUCGUGAUACUAAAUUGAAUCCAGAUUUGAAAAAUUUAGAGUUUGAUGAAAAAAUCAUUGAGGCAAAAUCAUUAAAUCAAAGACCUCAUAAAGUGUUCUUUGUUGGUGGUGCAAGUGGUAAUAAAUCAAUUGUUAAGAAAUUCAGUGAAAUUUUAGGUUCAUUAGAUGGAAAUUUCAGAUCUGAUAAUUCAAAUUCAUGUGCUAUUGGUGGUGCCUAUAAAGCAACUUGGUCAACUGAAUGCCUUAGAACUGGUAAAGCUAUCAAUUUCCAUGAUUUUUUGAAUGAAAAUUUCAAUUGGGACGAUGUUGAACCUAUUGAAGCUGUUAAUAGAUGGGAAAAUUAUCAACAAGGUUUACCAAUCUUGAAUCAAUUAGAACAAGUUUUAGAGAAAUAG